UGUGGGUGUAAAUUAAAACUUUUAUUAUUAUUAUUAUUAUUAUUAUUUGUAAAGUUUAUGCAAGCUGUCCAUACCAUAGGAACUUUUUAUAAAUUUUGUGGAUUUUGCAAAUUUUUCCUGAAAACGCAAAUAUUGUGGCCUCGAAUAAUAAUAGGGGUAUGUGGUAAUGUGGGAGUUUUUAUCAUAGGAUGGCCUUUUUGAACCAUUUUCAGCUAUUAUUGGAUGUCAGCUAAUAGGCUUGAUGUUUUUUGGCAAUUUCCAAACUAUACUGGUCCUUUGUGAAGUGAUGUACCCCAAGGAGCAAUUGUGUCAGCUAAAAAGGUGUUAGGGAAAUUUGCGAAAUUUACUUUCGCAAAAAAGGGAACUCAAAAUCUGUAGCCCUCGAGAAAAGAGCGCCCUACUGUAUAUUUUCAUUUACAAAACUGCCUAUUGUACUGAAUUACAAAUAUGAUACAAGGCCAGCGUAAUGUCAUGAGUAAUUUAACCUUUGGAUGCAUGCAUGCCUUGCACUAAAAUAGAACCAAAUCCUAUUCCAGCAUCAAUAUAACAUCAGAACUAGCGUAAACCAGAAAUUGCAAGAAUACAACAAGAGUUGUAGGGUUAGGUAGCUGUUGCUUCUUUAUAAGUGCAUGCAGCUCAAGUUUUCAAUUUCAAUUUUCAGUCUUUGUUGCUAUCGUACUCCUAGUCUCCUAUAACUGCUACUGUUUUUUUCAAGUGUGUUGUGUCCAGGGGCGUCCCCAGGGGGGCUAAAAGGGGCUUGAGCACCCCCCCUCAUGGCUGGGAUCAGAAAAUUUUUUAAGCACUGGUGUCUCAUAUCACUGCUAAGCGUCUUAAGAAAGUUAUAUAACACACUUGACAAUCAUUUCAGCUUUAAUUCCAGCAUUUUCCAGUGCUUUAAAGGGCAAUAGAAAGCGCCAGCAUGCCUGAAAUUACCGUGACCCCACUUAAUAUUGGUGAAUAAUCUUUGAAAACAGUGGAAAACAAUAUUUUAGCACUGUAAAAGGGGUGCGGCUAAAAUCGCAGUGGACUUUGCAUGCCAUUAGCACCCUCCUCUUUCAAUUCCUGGGUACACCUCUGGUGUCUAUUGCAUUUGCAUUCAUGAUUGUGUACUUGUACUUGUAUUGUCAAAAAACAGAUCAGAUAUGUACUUGUAUCACUUAGCAAAUUUUUGUGUAUGUACAUUUACUUAUUGCUUCCCAAAUUUGUAUAUAUUUUGGUAAUUUUUAAAUUUAUUUUUCAUGUAUCCUGUGCUUAAAAUGUUGAAUUAUUGGAAGGCCAAUGUCUUUGUCACGUUUCUUAUUGUUUUAUCAUCUGCUAUUGCUAUGAAAAUGUUCUUAUGUUAACUAUGACAUUAUAAGACAUCAUUGUUGCAGUUAACUUUGGUAUGCCAUUGGAUUUAUAGGAGAACCCAAUUCUUAGGGUUCCCAAGGGCUGAGAGACCCAAGAACUGAGAUCCUGAAGUGGCACUGGGCUGUGAAAAUUUUAUCCCUCUCCCACAUUCCUAUAGAAGUUAUUCCAGUUCUUCUUAUCCUAAACUGGGACAUAGUAUACGUUAGUAAUACAUAAUACUUACUAUGCCAAAUGCCAAUAGUAGUUUAGCAUAAAUGUGUACUCCUUUGGAUGUAUAUGCAUACCAGGGUUGGGGUCAAUUACUGGCAAUAAGAUUAUUUUUUUAUUUCCCCAUCCCAGAUGCAUACAAACUGCACAAACAACAGGCUAUUAUACUAUAUCCCUGUUGAGUUUGGAACAAGAAAAACUGGAAUAACUUUUAUAGGAAUGGGAGAUAAGGAUAAAACUUUCACAGCUUCCUAGUCGCCAAAGUCUAUCAAAAUCUGUGAAAUCUUGGGUCUCUAGCAAUUGGAAACCCUGAGAAUCAGGAUUCCUUUCUUUUUCAUCCUUCAGAGGACCUCAGCAAUCUGUGGGUAAAAGUGAACGAUAAGAUUUUGAUGAGACGUUUAGGUUUUCAUGACACUAGGAACUCCUCUUAUCCCAGUGUAGUAUUCAACUGUAUGUAUGAUGACAGACCUGAACUGCCACACUUAAGAAAACUGUAUAGUCUUCUAACUUUUACAAAUGGAUUAGCUGCUUGUUAUCCACUAGAAUACUGGGCAUCCUGUGGUGGUCAUCCAGCAGCCAGGAACAGGUCUGUAGAAAUAUAUUACAAUUAUAUACUACGAACUGAGAGUAGUAUACCCGAGCCACCUCUACAUGGUCAGAUCUCCUUUGAUCCAGAGUGUCGCUCGCUAUCCAAAACUAUCCCAAUAAAGGACAAUACAACGAAUAAGAAUUACACAUAUGCAGUCUGCCUUCACAAGAGUAUAUAUAAUCUAACUGAGCCUGAAAUGUUAGUCCAUUGGGUUGAGCUCAAUUUGGCACUAGGAGUGGAAUUUAUGACAAUAUAUCUUCAAAACGGGUACAUUCCUGAGUCAUACUAUAAACUAAUGAUACCUUACAUUAAGAGAGGAAUAGUUGAAGUACUGGACUGGGGUCUAAGACCACCAGUCAUUCCUGGAUACACUAAAUUCUGGGGACAGACUGCAGUCAUUAAUGAGUGUCUCUACAGGAACAUGUAUAGGGUCAAAUACUUAGGAUUAUACGACAUAGAUGAAUUUAUUAUCCCUCAAAAACUAAAAACUGUUCCAGAACUUCUUAAAGAAGUUGAAGCAAAUUCCACAAAAGCUACUGCAUCAUCUUCCUAUGUAGCCAGGAACGUUUUCUAUUAUGACAGACAAAAAGCACUUCCUGAACUGAAACAACGAUAUGCCAAUGACACUAUCGCCCAGACGGCCCAGUGCCCUGGAAUGAAACUACCAAGAUAUUAUACAUUUACGGUCAGAAAUGAUUUUGAUCAUUUCCAACAUCGCUAUAACAAGAUCAUCAUCAAGACUGCUGCAGUUAUUGCAGUCUGGACGCACUGGACUCAAAAAUGGAUGAACGGAUAUACAGGAGAGUACCAUUUGUCCACAAACGAUGCUCUUGUUCAGCAUUACAGGAUACCUGAUAAGUAUCCGCUGACAAACUUUAUUGUGACGACAUUUAGUAUGAGCAGAUACUUCAAUGAGACCCUCAAAGGAAUAAUAAGAAAUGUUUGCACUUUGAAAUAAUUAUUU